AAGGUUGCUAUGCUGGAGCCAGUUCUUGGCGCUUGCCUGCUAUCCGCAUAGAUAUCAGGAGAAUUCGUAAAGAAACAUAUUGGCGAAUUUUUCAGAUUCUUGUUCUUUCUGCGACACAGCAGAAGUGGAGGAGUAGUGACCGAGCUGCAGGCUGGUGGAAGCGGGUGGCGUGGGCGGCACAAGCAGCCUCUGUUCGUAGGCACUAUCACGGCUUCCGAGUUGGUGCAAGAGAAAACCGAAAGCACCGCGGCGGAGACGGAGAGAGUAUCUGAAAUGACCGAGAAAACACAGCUGCUGCAAACGGACACUGGUUCCGAAAAAGACGAGUGCUCUGCUUCACCCAGUAAAAAAAGCAGUGCGGAGAAUAGCCAUGAUAAGGAAAGGGAGCAGCAGCAGGAGGGUGAUACAACGGCGCCCGAAUCUUCCGGAGCAGAGCAAACUGGUGACGACGUCGCUGGUAUCGCUGCAGCAGAUGCCGACGUAGCACCGGCUUCAGAAAAGCCGAAAGUGGUAGAAAAGCCCACUUGGCAGGACAAGCACUACGUCUUCAACAGCACGCGCUGCGAGUACGAGGUGAUCACGGACGUCGUCGAGGACCUGGGGUGGAAAAUCGUCAACCAGCCAAAGGACUGCUCCCUCAUCUGGAUCGACACCGCAGUCGGGGUUCGGGAGUCGUUUGACACGGUGCGUCCCUGGCAGCUCCUGAAUCACUUUCCGGGGCUGAACGACCUGAUCGCCCGGAAAAGUCGUAUGUACCGCAACCUGCACAGAGUAGCCCGCGUCUUGCCGCGCGAAUACACGUUUCUGCCUACCACGUACGUGUUGCCAGAGGACCGGGAUUUACUGAACAACAGGGAGUUUGAGUCAAAUGGCAAAACAAAGAAUAACAGGUAUUUUAUAGUAACGUCGCGCAAGUGCAUGUGCAAAUGCAAUAGAAUAGAGUUGGGUGUUGCCCGCUUCAGAAAACACAGAAAAUGUUGCAGUUUUUUGAGGUUGCUAGGAAUUUCAGUGUGUUUCGCCUUUCUCUCGAGAAAAAAGCGGCAAAAAGUCAAUUUUUGCCCGAAGCGCUGUGUUUAGCACAGGUAUUCUGGCUACCCGGGUUUGCGCUUUUCUUACGAGACCAAGAGUCGGUCCUCUCCAAGAAUACAGUCGGCAAGGGGUACCUAGCGUAAGCCAGGGCCUCCUGGCUGAUAAUGAUCUCCGCAUCGCCUCAGGCUGGCAACAGAGCAGGGAGAAGGAGGCGCUGCGUUCAGUGGAAGGACAGCCGGCUCGUUUUUACAGGGUUCAACGUUUUCGUUGGGCCAAGUUGUACAAAAUAACAGCGCCAGCCCGCCGGCAAGCAGAAUUGCGCGCGUGCCCGGUAGUUAGCUCAGUCGGUAGAGCGCCAGGCUCUUAACCUGGUGGUCGUGGGUUCGAGCCCCACAUCGGGCGCUUUUUAUCGUUUUGAUCGACGCUUUCAAUGAACCACCCCACCGGCGACCGAUGCGACAGAAAGGUCUGCGCAAGCCGGCGCUGCGGGGGGAUUCGUCGGAGUCUUACGUUCUUGGACGAAAAAUUGCUCGCGUUGCUGCGCAAACGACAAAUUCGAGGUGAAACACGCUGCAAAAAUUCGUAUAGUUGAACUACACGACUUUUUCCGUGCUGUCGUGCGGUUUUUUUGUCAAUUGCGCUUAGUCUUAGUGUAUGUGUGAUAUGCAGCGCACUUGGCGAUGAAAGGAACGCCAUGCCAUAUUGAAAUACGCAUAUUUCUGGCACUUCUCAAAAUCAAGUGUGAUUUUAGUGAUAAAUGCCAAAAACUGCAAAAAAUAUUGUUUUUUGCCCGAAUUGCGGUAUUUAGCAUACCCUAUUCUGGCUACCCUGGUUUCCAUUUUUCCUAGUGGUUGGAUCUCCUUCGGGAGUCAUCCGUUAAAAUUGGAACGAUACAGAGAAGAUUAGCAUGGCCCCUGCGCAAGGAUGACACGCACAAAUCGAGAAGUGUAAACAAUUUUUUUUCAUUUCCGAUGGUAUGAUCGUUUUUGUUUUUUUGAUUUUUUUCGAAAAAAUUGCAUACCGCACGGCAUGGUGAACUCAAAAACGUGUUUUUCUAGGAAUCACCACGGUAUGAGAGGUUACGUUUAAAUCUGUAUCCAAUCAGGAGGAUAUGCUGGUUGCCGCGCUAACUUGCGUUUUGGAAUCGCGAGGGGAAUCGGCUCUUCAAUUUUGCUUGAGUUCUCAGAUUUUUAUGAUCCUUUUUAUGUUUCGACUAGAGUUCUUGCAAAUCAUAAACGCCUGGUACGGUGAACUCAAAAAAAAAAUACUCUGCGAAUCACGCCGGUAUGAGUGGUUAGUUUUCAAUCUCUGGCCAAUCAGCAGGGUAUGCUCAUUCCCUUAACUCUUGCACUCACUAUGGGAACAAUCGGAUUUUCAAAUGUGGAAAUUCGGUUUUCAAGUUGAGAAGAUUUUUCGUUUGAAAAAAUUCGACCGCGACCCAGUCGUGCCCUGCCGAUUUAUUUGUGCGGCAACUACUUAGUGUUGAACGUAAACUGAACUUGUCUGCGAACAACCACGCAGAACGCAUACUGCUACUUAUCCCAGGUACCUCAUCCUGAAGCCAGACCACAUGGCGAAGGGCAAGGGCGUCCAGCUUGUGAACGCGUGGGACACCGUCGCCGAAAUUCUGGCGGAGAAGCAGAUGCGGCACCAGCACAUCGUGGUGCAGCGGUACAUCUCCCACCCGAUGCUGCUCGACGGGUUGAAAUUCGAUUUGCGCAUGUACCUGCUCGUCACGCACGUGGACCCGCUCGAGAUGUACCUGUUUCAGGACGGCUAUGACGUUCUCAACUGUUACAUUCUCAACCGUUACACGGAUUUGUCAUGCAAAAUUGCCAUCAGCCUCCACUUGAUCGAGGUGCUUAGCAUGACAAAUUUUCGAAGGGCUAAACAGCAUGAUGAUCUGUGGAAAAUCUGUGAUGCAAAGGCUGCAAUAUUGCCACUUUCACUGUUGCUGUCCUUGCAUUACAAAUCCAUGUAACAGUUGAGAAUGUAACGUUUGAGAACGCCAUAACAGCCUCGUGCGGCUGUCGACGCAGGAAUACGAGAAGCCCAACGCGGAAAACUGCAACGCGCGGUGCAUUAUGCAUUACAAAAAUAUCGUACUACUACUAAGUAGUAGAAAUCGCAUCACAAAUAAUUUGCUGAGCAUGAGAAAUGAAAUUUGUAGUGCGGAUUUAACUUGAGAAGGAGAUUUGUAAUGCAUGAAUGCGAUUGCCAUCAGUACGAGUGGGAUGCUUUUGCAAUGCAUAUGCAUGCACUUGACGAACUACGCCGUGAACAAAGACUCCGAGAACUACAUCAUGGACGGGGACGACGCGGGGUCGAAACGGUCCCUGCUCUGGUUCUGGCGCUACGUCGACGAGGAGUACGGGGAAAAGGCACGGAAAUUACUCUGGAAAAAAUGCAAGCAGCUGUGCGUGAAGCUCUUGCUCGCCGUGCAGCCCGCCUUGUCGCACGAGUACUACUGCGGGCUGCCGAAGGAAAAAACGGUGCGGACCACCAACCGCUCCAGGUGCUUCGCUCUGCUCGGGGUCGACAUUCUGGUGGACAAAAAUUUGAAGCCGUGGCUGCUCGAGAUCAACCACUUGCCAAGCUUCGCUACGGAAACGGAUCUAGAUUACGACAUCAAACGCAGUAUUUCUGGGCUGAUUUUUUCUGUGAUCGUGGUUUAUAAACUGAAACUUUUAGCAGGAUGAAGGAUAAGGAACGACUACUGCGGUUCUAUAGUACUUCACAAAUCCACAAUCUUGUUGUUGGCAGUUUUUUACCGCGUUGUAGGAAAAAAGUCCAACCUGACCCUGCAACUGAACAGGACUGAUCGAGCAGACGCUUGACCUGAUUCCCAUUGUUCCCUGCUCGUUGGGAAAGAAGCUGAUCGGCACGGAACAGUUUGACAUGCUUUGGAAGGACCGAAAGGCCGAGGCGGACGCGCGACUGGACCAGUACGAGAAAGCUUACCCUGUUUCCGACGAGCCCACGCAAGACACGCCCGCACCGAGCCCUUUGAAACUGCAACAGGAGGAGCAAGAGGUACUAGUACGAGGACACACUGUAUCGUUUCGAUUUUUAUUAGCUUCUUCUUUUUUCUUGUUUCUCUUCCUGGUAUCUUUUCCAGCAGCUAUUUCUUGUUUCUGUGAUGCAUGUAAAUGUAAAAAAAUACGGUUUCGUUUGCGAAUUUUUACAUCAGGCCGUCGAGAUGAAUGCAGACGAAAACGAUCGUGACGAAGAUGGCAACCUGCUAAAGCAGGACGGGGAGCUGCAAGCAGACGACGACGCUCAGGAGCGAAGCAACGAGGGCGACUUGGUCUUGGUGCCGCACCCAGGUAGUAGUGGUUCCUCAUCUUCCACCUCGUCAAGAACAAAUGUCGAAAAAAAGCUGCCACGCUCGGUUGCCACAGGCGGAAGCUACGACGGAAUCGACACGACCAACGAGGUGGCGAUGGGGCCGCGUGGAGGUGGUACUAGUACCCGAAAUAAUUACAACGAGAGCAGCACGACGGCCGAGUUGACGGAGUCGGUCUCGACCAGCCCGACGGAAGAAACCAGUAAGGAGGACUCGUCCUCCCGACUGGACUACAGUUCCAAAACCUCCUCGUCCGCAAACGAUUCCGCGACGUCCUCGUCUUCGAGCAGUUCGUCCUCGGCGCACGACAAGGACGAAGAGGAGGAAUCUUCUUCUACUUCUAGUUCUUCUUCGGACGACGAACAGGCCGCGGUGAAGAACGAGAUGAACAAGCAGCGAACAAAUAUUAACCGGGCUGAAAAUGCAAAUGCGAAGACGAAAUUGCGCGAAGAAGAAAUUGUUUGUGGGAAGAGCAGUACAAGUACUAAAAAGGAAGCUGGCGACAGGGAAACAAGUGGUUCUGCGGAUAAUCAGGCUGGUGUUGUUGAAAAAGCUCGUACUGGACGAGGCGAGAAAGAAGAAACGCAGCUGGACCAACCUGCAGCAGGAGCUGGUGGAUCGAUAUCCGGCGGGGGUGCAGCUGCAGUGCCUUCUUCUAAGAUUGGUCAACCUGCGCGCAAUGACAACAAGCAGAGUAGACCAGGCGAUGCUACUACUUCUUGUGGUUCAAGCUCUUCGUCCAAAGAAUCUGCAGCUGUGAUGAAUAAAACUUCGGUGGCAACCGGUGUAAUAUUAACUGGCUCGUCCGCGUCCUCCUCUUCCUCAUCGCAAAACCCGGAAGAAAGGCGCGCCGCCGAAGAGCGACGGGCCGCUGCGGCAGCGGCGAAAGAGCAACAGCAGCAGAUAAAGCGACCGGCGUGGAAUGCGGGCGGGGCGGCGCGACAACCUAGGCCCAAAUCCGCGACGCAGCGGCGGAAGUCGAGUUUGGAUCUCCGGCGCGCGGCGCAGAUGGCGAUGGGACAGCACCAGCAGAACAAUCGCGGGAAUAAUUCGCCGACUGACGAGACCAAGCCCAAAGUAAAAAAAACCAUCCACCAGCGCUACAGCAUCAUCGCGGAGACGGUGAAGGAGAUAUACAAAAAUCAGUACGCGCGUCUCUACGAGGCAAAAAAGAAGAACGACGACGAGACCGCGGGUACGGGCUCGAGCACCUCGCAUUUCGCGGACGGGCUGCGCGGCGGACCGGCGAACACGAACCGAAAGCUGUCAGCGGACCGCGACAACAUGGAAGGACAGGAUAAUAAGCUUGAAAAUAAGAGGGGGAAUAAAGAACCACCGGGAACAAACGGCGGAGCACCAGGUGCUGGCCCCGAAGGGAAUGAACAAGACGGCAGCAAGCCGAAAGGCCCCCGGCCGACGAUACCCGACAACGCCGCGAAGCGCGCUGCGAUGCGACUCAAGGAGCUGCGGGCGAUGCGGAGUCAAAGGCAGCCUGUGUGGGCAGCGAUUGAGCAGGACGGGCAGCCACCGACAGGCGUGACCAUCGUGGAAGAGUCGCCGAACGCGGCCUUGAGCGCCGCGGUUUCGUCCAGCGACGGGGGCAGUGCGGGGACCACGCCCUUAGCGCAGGUGCUCGGAGGAGGAGGAGGACAACAACCGACAAUAAAUACCGCUGCCGUCAACCAAAGUGCGCAGAACCUGCUCGCAAGUCUGAAUCUCGGGGGCAUCGUGCAGGAGGUGGUCUCCUUCAAUGGCAGCGUGAACGGCGUGCCGCCGCCAACGUGGCACAACGGCGAGACGGUCGGGCCGUUUGAUGACGAGCAGAUAUCCUGUGCAAAAGUAUCGUACCCGUACUAAUUGCAAAUAUGCAUGACAAAUAUCUCUCCUAGGGCAAAACAGCAUUACAAGUUCCACUUUCCUUCUUGCCGAAAUUUGUCAUGCAAUUUAUACUAUUGCUGCCAGUGCGAUGCUUUUGCAAUGCAUAGCAGAACACCGCCAGCAACCCGACAAGCGCGGUGGGCUUGUUGCGACAGACACGGCAGCUUCAGCAGCAAAGAACUACUACGAUAGGCAACAUCGUGCCUGUGGGGAAGAAGCUCGUGUCGUCCACCCGUAACGGAAUUACAACAACUACCCGUAAUAACCUAGGACCGAACAUCUACACGGUCGGGAGCGACGCGUUCAACGCGCUCGAUGUUGCGCGAAACGCGAGUCAAAACGCGAUCCACUCAGACCCAGCGAGCUCGGCCGACGAACACAUUUCCAAUCUGGUGAAGAAGCGAGGACAGGUUGUUUUUACUAAUAAUUCCGGCGCCGUGGUUGUUGACAGUGGAGCAGAAGCUGCGGAUCAACAAAUACCACAGUAUUCUGGUGCAGAGGAAUCAUCCGAAAUGGAGGUGCUCGGGACGAAUCCCGACGUUGUGCUUUCGCAUCAACAAGAACAGCAGCAGCAUCCAGACACCGGCGUUGACUGUGCGGCAGCAGGUGGAAUGCAGCAGCUCGAUGGCAAUAGCAAAGAAGAAAACUCCGCAUCGAUUUCUCUCGCCAGCAGUAGCUUGCAGAGCAAGUCAAUCGACCCUGGGAUCGUAAUUAGUGACCGUCUCAACAAGCACCAGAAGAAUAUGGACCUACGGGACCUCGUUGGACUUUCCAACGCGCCGACGAAGAGGCCGAGCGCACCAGCUAGUUCCGGCGUCGCCGGUCCCGCCGGCAUGCCGCACAGUCUGGCGACGACGAAGAUUGUGAACGCGACCGCGACGCCCCACAAGAUGAAUUCUGUUGAUUCAACAUCCGUGAAAAUGUUGACCACGCCCAUCAUGACGCACUCUGCUUCCGGGUCGGUCAUCGUCCCGAUUUCAGUGUCCAAAAUCGAGGGCAACUUCCCCGGCGAAUUCGGCACGCCGGGCGGCACAGUGUCGGCCAGCGGACAAAAGGGCAAAACGGUUGCGGAAAUCAUGCACACCGGCCCGACGCCGGUGAAGGACGCCAUUCGCAAUUUGCCACUCAGCCUGCGCUCCCUGAACGCGCGCGCACAGAAAAGGCAUACCAGGGCAACACAGCCGCAACAGCAAAUCAUUCACCAGAUGGAACUGGAUCAGGUAAAGCAUUGCUUUGAAUGAUGAACAAGUUUUGCUUUACGACCUGUACCUGUAAGAACAGUUUGACCUCGAUGAGCUUGAACAGAAAAAACUGAAACGAUGAAGUUUAUAGCUAGAAAAAUCCCACAUGCCCAUCAAUAACAAAACCUGAACCUCAGGUCCAGCAGCAGCAGGCAGAUUUUGCUGGGGAUGGUUUUUCGGUCGAGAAGUUCAUCUCCCAGUUGGCCCAGAAGCGGCGCCAAGAGCUCCGGUCCACGCUGCGGCGGGACGAGGCCAUCAACACGCAGGGCGAAAUUGUCGGGAACAGUCGGCCCCUGAGUGGGAACGGCACCAGCGGGAUUAUGAACGGUGCAGCUGGUGGUGGUGGGAAUGGUAAAUACACGAGCUCCAUUCCCAGCCAAAUGUUAAGAUUUGACGAGUCGACCACGGUACCUAGCAAUAGAAAGCGCUCAGAACGAGCCCCCGGAACGUCAAGUACGGCCACACCGCCGACGGUUUCGGCCCAGCAGAGGGAUUUUUUGCAGGAAGGCAGCGUGGUCUUCACGAACUUGCAGCACGCGUCGAAGGAACAUUUUCUAGACAACUACAACCACUCUGCUGGCACAACACCAGCAUCGGAGAUGUUGAAUUUGAACCAAAAAAGCACGACCAGUAGAAACCCGACACCGACGACUGCAGGGAUUCUGAUCAACGCCGCGGCUGCAGCAGGUACAGUAGCGCCCGGCGAUGUCGUCGCCAACUACAGCGACCAGUUGCCGACGAAGUCUGUCGUGCCUACCCUGGGCGAUCAUUCAUCUGCUGGGAUGAAGAUAAACUCUUCCGCCAAUGGAAACGGUUCAACAACAUCAGGGCCGCCCGGUAGUACUACUAUCGGCGGGAGCACUUUGUCCGCCUUACUCGCCGCGGGGAUGAAGGAACACUUAUCCUGUGCAAAAGUAUCGUAUUCGUAGUAAUUGCAGUCAUGCAUUACAAGUUUCUUUCUUAAGGUAAAUCCGCAUGACAAAUUUUGCUUUUCAUGCUGAGGGAAUUUGUAAUGCAUUUAUACGAGUACGAUACUUUUGCAAUGCAUAACACUACCACAUCCGCAAAAUGCGAAAGCCGUCGGCCGGCGAGGUGAUGGCCGCGGUGAGUGCCGCGAAGAAGUCGCUGCCCUGUUUGGCGAUGGAAGAGUCCUCGGUGUUGAGUCCGCCGCGGGGAACGGCGACCGGCCAGUGGAAUUUUCCCGUGAACGCGACCAAGAAACGACCGGUACAGGUGAAUCUGUCCGUCAAGGGUUCGCGUUUUGAAGGCGGAGAUGGUAAUAUCUCACCACCGAAAAGGCGAAUGUAGGUAGCACAAGGCAGGGAGGGAGGCGUUUGGGAGACAAGUCAUUGUUCUUGUGAUGUGCCUGUUAAUAUCCUCGUUCUCACAUAAGUAGCGCUGCGUCGUCGCCAUUCGUGGUGAUUUUUGUGGGAACAAAUGAAACCCCCACCAGUCAAUCUGGUGAGUCACUACUUUUAACACUGCCAUUGAGAAUCAAUGUCAAUCAUGGUGUCAUUACGAUGGACAUUUUUACUUUCGCUGUGAGGGUAUGAGUCAUAUCAAAAGACAGCAUGAGCACCUUAUUUGUAGAAUGGAAAAAGAACGUCAACAUCCACAAACCCAAAAUUAGAAUUAGUGAACGGCGUAAGAAGUAGUACUCUCAAUCUGCCACUUGCAGGCGCAAACGCUAUUUUUUUCCAAUCUUGUUUUGUACCAGUAGAACUUCUACGUCAACGCGUGCGGAGUGCCAGUCUUUCUCUAUCAGUGGGUGGUCUUUUUUCCACAUCCACUGCGAGUAUUAAAGGCAAGUUUUGUCAAAUUUUGUUUAUUGCUUUUCAUAUCUUCCGUAGCCCAACCGAACCAGGACCAAGCGAAGCCUUCGGGUUCGGCUAGACGUCUACGCGCUGGCCUGCCGGUCUGGUUCCAUCUGGGCUUGUUCCACCGCAUGGCUUCUUGGUGCUUCGGCACUCCGAAGUUGGAUGAUGAAUUGAAACAAGACAACAUAGAUGUACCUUGAUGAAGACGCGCGGUACGGAAAGCUGAUCAGGCUGUAUUGAGUAGUACACAUUGUUGCAAUAUGAGAAGUACAAAAAGGUCACCUCCCCCGCACCGUGUUCGUGGUCACACCUCCUGGGGUUUGGAGC